CACACUCGUCUUCUGACCUCAGCCCGCAACGGUCGCCUCUCGUGACUUUCCCUUCCCAUUGGUUCUCCCCCACCGGUUCGAAACCUUGAGUCCAGCGCUGCAAUUGGGCGGCGUCGACUGUGCCCUGACCGCUAAUUGGUGGAUUCAUAGACGAGGGAUGCACGCACUUACUGUAACGGUCGCCGCACUCACUUUCUUAUCUCUUGCAAAAUGCUCGACCUUGACAGCAGAUACGCAGGACGCUCUGCCAGGAUUCCAACUUCGGGAUUUCUCCAAUCUGGUGCGGGACGAUCGGUCGCUUAGAAUGUUUUUGGAUUUUCUGCUUAGCUCCCAACAGCCCGCUCAGAUGAUGGGCGAACCCCGGGAGGAUUCCGACGAAGGAUACAGGAGGAAAAGGAGCGUCAACACUAGUCAAGAAGAGAACGUAAGAAAAGAGGAGAAUGAGGAGGCCCGAGAUAAGCGACAGACGACAGAAGAGAAGGCUGAGGAGGGAGAAACCGCAGAGGAGCAGAGCGGCAGCUGGUGGUGGCAACCUGUUGAAGAGCGUCGUUCUUACUUCAUUCCACGACUCGGCAAGCGGGACGGAAAUGACCUCCCAGCUCUUGCCAACGAGAACGACCUGGACAGCAUUGAAUAUCUCGACGACGAAGAAGUGGACUCCGACGACGCUGAGACACUGCGGGAGGCAGAAGGACUCACGGGGGAGGUCGAGAGGGACGAGGACGAGCAGGAUGCUUGGGUAGGUUUCGGAAGCCCGGUAGACAAGAGGGACUUUGCCUUCAAUCCCCGCCUCGGCAAGCGCCAAGCUUUUACCCCAAGACUCGGCAAGAGAGACUUUGCUUUCAACCCACGGCUCGGCAAGCGGGCUGACUUUGCUUUCAGUCCGAGACUCGGUAAGCGUGACUUUGCUUUCAACCCAAGGCUCGGCAAGAGAGGCGGGUUUGCCUUCAACCCUAGGCUCGGAAAGCGAGCUGAUUUUGCCUUCAGUCCAAGACUUGGCAAACGCGGUGAUUUCGCCUUUUCCCCUAGACUGGGAAAGAAAGCCGAUUUCGCCUUCAAUCCAAGACUCGGCAAGAAAGCCGAUUUUGCCUUCAGUCCAAGACUCGGUAAGAAAGACUUCGCCUUCAUCCCAAGAGCCGGCAAGAGGGACUUUGCUUUCAACCCGCGCCUGGGCAAGAGGGCCGACGCAGAGGAGGACGUCCAGGCAGGGGCCCUGGACGCACGAGACAGCCAGACCGCAUCCUUCCCUGGCGACCUCGGGACCGAAGACUUCAUCCAAAGGCUAGACUAGAUGAUCACCCCCCCCCACACACACCCCUACACCCUACCCCCGCCCCACAACUGCCUACGUUCCCUUUUCAUUUGUUAAAAAAAAAUCCUUGACAUGACUUCCUUCUCCUUGUGUUUUCUCAUGGCUCUUAGACAUAAGACGAGACAUAAAUGACUCAUGAGCCUUAGCGUUGCGAAAAUGUGGCUGAGAAGAUUGUUGGUCCUAAAAUAGACCGAUUUAAGGACUUGUUGAGGCAUUCUGUAUCAUAUUUCCUGACAUUUGAAUGGGGAAUGAAAACAACUUGUUACUGGUCUUUUAUUUAUAACCAAAAUCUCUUUAAUAACCAAAGGCAUGUGAAAGAAGGAUACGGAAAUAUUGAUUAUAAUUAUUAAUGAUGAACGUGAUGCAAAUGUUGAUCGUAUUGAAGUUGAACAUUUUAAUACCAAAGAUAAUGAAGGUGACCUUAUCAGCGUUGAAAAAUAAAGACGAACAGCGCAACUUUAACGGAUGAAAUAAAAGUUGAGUGAAUUGCUAGUGAUUAUUCUGCUUUGACAAAACCUGAGUCAGAUAUAACAUCAAUAAAUUUCUUUGUGAAUAAAAGCAUUUCUAGCAUAAAAAUGA